AUGUUGAGUUCCGACGAAGAUUCAGUCUCAUACAUUCGUAAGUAUACAAUAGAUGCCGAAAUCUUAAACACUUUCAUGACGUUCGUUGACGAAGAAGAAGAAGAAGAAGAAGAAGAAGCAGAGAGCUCAAGAAUGGCAAUCAGACCAAAAAUACCAAGAAGAACAAUACCCAGAAACCAUGUGGAAGCCGCCACACGUUUAUAUAAUCAUUACUUUGCCCCGCAACCCGUUUACCCUGCCGAUUAUUUUAGAAGGCGUUUUCGAAUGCCCAAAGAAAUGUUUCUUCGUAUAGUGAACGAUAUACAUCACUUUAACGCCAUACAACCAUUACCAAAACACUUUGCAUUCUUCCACGACGCUGCAACCGACGUUACGGGUCGCCCGUCGUUAAAUAUUUUUCAAAAAUGUACUUCCGUUGUACUACAACUAGCUUAUGCUUCUACUGCCGACCAGUUAGAUGAAUACCUCGAAAUGGGUUCCCAAACGUCUGCCGAUUCUUUUAACUACUUCUGCAAAUGUCUUGUUCAGUUAUAUCACUCAGAGUUUUUGAGAAAACCGACGCAAGAAGAUGUUAACCGCGUGACCGCUAAACACGAGGCGGUGCAUGGUUUUCCAGGUAUGCUUGGAAGCAUUGAUUGUAUGCACUGCGCAUGGAGAAACUGCCCAACGGCAUGGAAAGGCCAAUACACUCGUGGUGACAAAGGACAUCCAACGAUUAUGCUUGAAGUGGUUGCUUCAUAUGAUUUGUGUAUUUGGAAUGCUUACUUUGGACCCGUCGGUUCGAACAACGAGAUCAACGUCCUUAAUGAAUCUGACUUGUUCGACCAGCUUCUCCAAAAUAAAGCUCAUGCGGUAAAUUUCACCGCUAAUGGCCAACAGUUUACAAAGGGUUAUUAUAUAAGCUGA